ACCGCUGGGCUCAGUGUCCGCCUCUCAUCGGACUUGGAAUUCUGACAUUAUCUAAAGCGGCGGAUCGCACCAUGGAUGCUACUAUUUAUCAGAUAAUAUUCGGAGAGCUAGGGGACCUUAAUUGUAGUUUAAUAGAUGCUCUCCAAGACACUUUUUUAGGAAACGCUUCAUUAUCCUUGCUGAGCACUGAUGGUUUUUUUUGCAAUGCUACAACCGAUGAGAUUGGAACAUGCUGGCCGCGGAGCAGCACCGGGAGGAUUGUGGAGAGACCCUGCCCUGAGUACAUCAACGGGGUGAAGUACAACACAACCAGGAGUGCUUACAGGGAAUGCAUGGAUAAUGGGACGUGGGCGCUGAAGAGCAAUUACUCCUAUUGUGAACCCAUUUUGGAGGAGAAGAGAAAAUAUCCAAUGCAUUAUAAAGUAGCGCUGAUCAUCAACUACCUAGGUCACUGUAUCUCUGUGGGAGCUCUAGUCGUGGCCUUCAUUCUCUUCUUGUGCUUAAGGAGCAUACGAUGUCUUCGAAACAUCAUCCACUGGAACUUAAUCACUACCUUCAUACUGAGGAAUGUUAUGUGGUUUUUGCUUCAGUUGAUCGACCACAAUAUCCAUGAGAGCAAUGAGCCUUGGUGUCGAUUAAUUACAACCAUUUACAAUUAUUUUGUGGUGACAAACUUCUUCUGGAUGUUUGUUGAAGGAUGCUACCUUCACACAGCCAUCGUAAUGACUUAUUCAACCGAUAAGCUCAGAAAGUGGGUCUUUCUUUUCAUCGGCUGGUGUAUUCCAUGCCCUAUAAUUAUAGCCUGGGCUAUAGGAAAGUCGUAUUAUGAAAAUGAACAAUGUUGGUUUGGAAAAGAACCUGGAAAGUAUAUGGACUACAUUUACCAGGGACCAGUUAUUCUUGUGCUUUUGAUAAACUUUGUUUUCCUCUUCAACAUAGUAAGAAUUCUUAUGACCAAACUAAGAGCUUCAACCACAUCUGAAACGAUACAGUACAGGAAAGCAGUGAAAGCAACGCUGGUCUUGUUACCCCUGCUGGGCAUCACCUACAUGCUUUUCUUUGUAAAUCCAGGGGAGGAUGACAUCUCACAAAUCGUUUUCAUUUAUUUCAACUCCUUUUUACAGUCUUUUCAGGGGUUCUUUGUGUCUGUCUUUUACUGCUUUCUCAAUGGAGAGGUACGUUCUGCUGUAAGGAAACGGUGGCACCGCUGGCAGGACAACCAUGCCCUUCGAGUAAGAGUGGCUAGAGCCAUGUCCAUCCCCACGUCUCCCACCCGGAUCAGCUUCCACAGCAUCAAACAGACCACAGCUGUGUGACCAGCACAUAAUCUCCACAAUAACAUUUUAGGGAACAAACAUAUGCUGUGUCUCAAUUCAGAUACUCUCCUUAGUACACUGCCAUGUCGUGCACUGUGAACAUUUGCGCAGUGUGUGAAUUUCAACCGUGUAGCGCUGUCUGGACUGAUCACUGCUGCUGUCCUCUCACUGGAAGUGACUAUCGCCUCUGUUAGUUAACCCAAUACAAUCAUUGUGGUUACUUUUGAACUGUUGUAUAAUGGUACAUGUAUUAAAUAUAGAAAAAAACACAUGUAUAUAUUUUAUUUGUACAUUGCUGUGUUGACCAAAGCAAUUGCGGCUGCAACUUUCAUUACCGGUUUGAGAAGCGUCCAGCGUUUCUUUUUGAACGUCCUUUGUGAACCACGCAGGUGCUUUGUCUUGCUUCGCAUUGGGGUGCUUUUCCACUUAAAAUAGCACAUACAUUACAUACGCACAUUGACACAAAGCAUUGAUCUUUGUCCAGUUUGUACAUUGAGGUGAUACAACUCACUGUUUCCUCCGACCUAGUCGUAAUGUUUCCAGUGUGACUGAAAAGCCAGACAAUUUCUCUUGAAUGGUGAAAUCAAUUAAUUGUAUCUAAAUGAUUCAACCAUGUAUGAAGAUGAAUUGCCACAAACAAAUUGCACAUGUUACAUGUACGGGGUUUAAGCCCUUCUGGGGAGUAUUUUAACAAUGGCUUCAUGUAACUGUCACAUCACAGCAAGUCUUAUUUUAGCUCGUUUUCCCUGUCUUCUUACUGCUCUUUCGUUGUGAGAGGAGCAAGAUAAUCCUCCAGGAUUUGCAGGAUACUUCAAUAGCUCAUGCACUUGUUGGCAUUUGCUCAAUUGUUACCUGGUCGGAGAGGUGCAUUGUUCAAACAUUAUUGCAAGAUGUCUUCAGAGAGAUGGAUAUCAAAAGGCUAAAUGUUCCUUGAGUUAACUGCUUUAUCAACAGAUGCUUUUGACACAGAUAGGCUUGGGGCAAGAAGAGGUGAACGAUGUUUCUAACUAUGAAAAGAAGGCCUUACAUUCAACAGAGGCACUUCUCUCUCAUGAAAAGAUCAUUAGAUGUUUUUCUUUUUGGUUAAUACAGGAGGAUAAUUUCAUACAAAUAAGCCAUUCAAAUGUAGCCUUUAUAGUGUCCUCAGAGUAGGUUGAGUCUUCUCCUUAAAGUCUGAUAUUUUAAACAGUGUUGAUAUGUUUGUCUUGUACUGUUGUAAACAUUGUGUUUAGCUUCUUCUCUUCUCCAGCAAUUUUCUUUUCACCUCUAUUAUUUUCUCUGACCCUUUGGUCGGGUUUUGUUUUCCUCUUCCUCCUCAGAGCAGGAAGGUGUGAACUGUGAGAACAAUUAGAUGCGUCACCACUAUGCGUGUUUGAGGCUGAUGGUUGAGCAGUGGGAAAUUAAAUCUUUCUUCUAAACCAUUAAAGAUAAGAUUAAAUAAUAUAUGGAGUUGAGAAAUUGGUGCUUCGUCAUUUAUGUAAUGUAUAUGUGUGCUAAGUGCGUGUAUUUAUCAUGCAGGCACAGAGGGAGCAGAUUACAUUCUUUUGGCUUUAUGAAAUCCUUGUGGCAUCCUAGUAAUCAGUGUCACUACUAAGCUGCUGGUUUCAGCGAAAAGAAGCUUGAUGAAAUGAGCACCAAACACUUGCCUGUGAUCCUAACUCCUAUAUCUGUUCAGGCUGCUCACAAUAAUGGCAACACUCAUAUUUCUGCAAAGUCAAACUCCAGAACAACUUUUAGUCUUCUGACAAAUGAUAAAGAGGAUAAAUGUUAGUUUUUAAAAAGGUUUAGGAGCAAUCAUAGAAGUCUUAAUGAUGCUGCAAGCUUACGAUUGAAUGCAGAUGCUCCUUUGUGUGUCCCUUAUGACCUACCUUACAUACAGUAACUGUUUCUGUCAGGUGGUACAGUAAGAAUGUUUAAAGAGAUAUUUUUGGUAAUACACUUAUUAACUGUAAAUCUAAGACUUACAUGGCAAGAUUGAAAACACCCUCAGAAAGUGGUUUUAAUCUUCUUAUCUAACUCCAAGCAAGAAGGAAAUAUGCAUAUUUCCCAAUCUGUCCAAUGCAUAUAUAAAGUAAAAGUUUUAUUUUAUACUUAUUUAUUUGUUUAUGUAUUUGUAUGUAAUUAUUGCAUACUUUUAUCAGGAUAAAAUGCACUGGAUUUACUGUUUAGUUUGGAUUUAAUUACAAAUAAGAAAACACAGAAUUUCUUUGAUGUAAAUCACGUUUGGAGGUAUUGCAUCAAACAUAACAUUUAAGUAAAAUGUACAUUUCAUAUUUCAUUUUUUGUAUUUUUUUAAUACAUUACAGCAGACGUUGUUGUUGUUGUUGUUGUUGUUGUUGUUGUUAUGCUGCUCAACUGGACUGACAUCAAUUGUUAAUCAUCCAAAGUAUUUUUAAUGUAAACAUUUUAUUGUAACUAUUUCUGUAUUUCUAUUUCCAGUAUUAUGCAGCUGUAACACUGCAAACCCUUUCAUGAUAUCAUGUUAUGUUGGCAUAUUAAAUACAUAGUGUAAUAUUUUCAUACAGGAAUAAAGAAAACACAUCAUUUAUUCCAACUCGCCAAAGAGAUAAACCAUGUUUACCAGCAUCCUGCAUUUGUAUUAUCUACAUAUUUCUAUUGUUGCCAUUGCACUUUGUAAACUAGAUCGUGUUGACUUUAUUUUGUACACCAUUUAUUGUACAGGAUGAAAUGUAAUCAAUGCAGUGUGAUGUCAGUUUUGUUAACUUAUAACUGUACAUGAAUACAUUUCACUGAUGUUGUGCUAUUUGUUGAACCACCUAUGUUGCCUUACAAACAAAGGAAAAGGAAGCUCUGUAAAUGAUGUAUCAUUGUGCUACUGAUAUACAUUUGUACAUCCACAUG